AUGCUAUCUCCAACUCCGAUCACCUCGCAUGCUCGCAUCGCCCCCUCUGGCAGAUUCGACCUCCACGACAUAGAGCCACACGAGGCCUCGCUCUGCCAGCGCCUGACGAAGGAGGUGGAAGAUUGCGACUCUGCCAGCAACACCGCCCUGCAAAGCACACCGACAGCUCCAUUGCACUCCUCUCUCGCUCGUGUGCUUCGAUCCGCCGCUACAGCUGUCCAGUAUCAUGCCAAAUGGUUCGCUCCCACUGCACUUGAGCGUCUCCUAGUGGCAGUUUUCGAGGCGGCUAGUCGCUCCUCAUCAACCACCGAUCUCUACGCAGCGCUGUAUCUGGUCGAUACAAUCGGCACCUAUUCACUCCUACCAAGUCUGCCUUCCACCUUGCGCUUCAUCACCUUCUCCUACUACCAAGGAAGCCGCUCCAACCGACACAGGCGUCUGAGCCAGCAAUCAUGGACUUCGGCGCAGCAAAUCCUUGAAGCACACCUCGGUGGGCAGUUCCCCGAAACGAUACUCGAGAUCAUCCGCGACAGUUCGGGGUUCUACACCCGAUACGGCUUCGGCGCUAUUGUUGGUGCCCUCAUGCUGACGACCGAGCGAUUUCUUCCCAUCAUCGAUACCCAGAGUUUCACGAUAUGGCCAGACCAAGUACUCAUGAGCCUUACGGCAGUACCGAUCGAAAAAGAUGGGAUUUUGCGCGAGCAAGUUGCGAAUCUGCUUGGCAACAUGUUGCAGCAAGAGAGCGUUGCAAGCAAAAUUGAUGGUCUGAGCCUUUGGCUUGAACUAAUCCGCCGAUGCGUGUCCCUCUCACUCGACAAAGACGUCGUAGACUCUGUCUUCCAAAGCUUGGGUCAGAAAAUGUCCCUUUUCGAGCCGCUUCAUCAUCCUACCAUUGCACAGCUGUUCGUCGAAGCUCAUCGACCACUCCCCGCCGAGCUCUCCAGCCAGCUGAUGAUGCCAUGGCGACGCUCGCUCAUGCUCGAAGACCACGCCAUAUGGGAUCAGGGAUACCAGGAUCUCCUUGGCAAAUUGUGCAAUUCGACACUGUACACCGUUGAGCUGGAAGCAUUCAUCGACAUCAGCGUGCUUGCCUACUUCCAAACCGAGAGCUCCGGGUUGCGACAACAAUAUAUCGACACCCUCGCAAGUCUCCUUCGCAACCUAGAUGCCGAACCUGCAGUGGUUGAUAUCCUCGCAAAAGGCAUUGUCAGCAUCUUCACCCACAAGACACACAAAGAGAAAUGGGAAGCGCAGAGGAAUCGGACGUUCCCUAUCUUGUGUGAGCUUGCAAGCCGGAGUGUCGUUGCGACCCGUCUAUUGCUUCGCAUCCGUGUCGACGCCGCUGGCGUGGGCUAUCUCGAGCUUGAAAAUGCUGUCAAUGCUGACGUUCAGGACACUGCUCGGCGGCAACCCCAAUCCAAUGUGUACGGACUCGAUACCCUCUCCAUGGGUGCAUGGGUCAGCGCUGUCCACGACAUGAUAGUCCGAGCACCCAAGAGAUGGGAUGUCUACCACACAAUUCUGACGGAUCUAGCACCUCAGCUUCGGAACCACGCACUGUGGCGCACCAAGACUCAGCACAUUAACAAUCUGCGGGAGUCCAUUUGCGAGCUCCUCAGUGCAGAUUCGUUUGUCGAACCCCCACCAGAGACCGGACUGAAGAAGUCCUACAUCGUGGCACAAUUUGUACAGAUGCUAGUUGCCACGACGAGCUAUCACCAACAUCUUCCACGGAGAGACAUCAAGUCAGCGGUCAUCACGAUUAUCAAUGUUGCAGGCUCUCGUGACCACACUGUCAGUAUCCACUGCAUUCACGCCCUCACCAUUUGCUGCUACGAGCUGCCCGAACUCAUGGCCGGGCUCAUGGACUCGAUCAUCAACAAGAUGGCGAGAAUGGUCACGCAGAGAUACCUCGCCAUCUAUGUGCUCGAAUUCUUCGCCGGACUUUCACGCUUUCCCGAUCUCCAGAAUAGGCUUCGGAGGGAGGAUUUUAAACGCAUUUUCGGCGUGUGCCACAGCUACCUUCAGUCCAUGCGUAGUACCAUGGCACUUGAACGUAAGCGCACUCCGACCAGCGAACACAGCGCAGGCGGUAACAGCACGUCUGGAGACGACUUGGGUCAGUACGUAUACGCUCUGGCACAUCAUGUCAUCACAUUCUGGUACAUGGCAUUGAAGCGUCACGAUCGUCACGGAUUGAAAGAGUUCAUUACCAGCUGUUUGAGCUAUACAGAUUCCGACGGAAAGGCGCAGAUUGAGAACCAGGGUCUUGUGACCAUCGACCUGAUGGACCGAGUGGACGCAGAAGAGCUCAUCACAGCACCGCUGACCGAGUAUUUCGAUGAAAAUGACGGCCGCACCAUCACCUGCCAUCGCGUCACUGGAAUACUGCUCAUAACCACGGAGACGUCUUUGCGAACGGGCAAGACCAUUGUCACCAUACGGCGGCCAUCUGGAACAGCCCAACGUCUCAUAGCAUCCCAACCAAGCUUGGAUCCCAACGACACCUCCGACAUGGAGGACCUCGAAGCCCGCAUCACAACAUCCGUCACAGUGGAAACCGACAUGCAAGACUUCAUCAACGUCUUCCCCGACGACAUCACAGGGCGUACUUACGGAAAGGUCGCCAUUCCUCGCCCAUCAUCAGCAUUGGGAUCGCUGCAGAUUAUCACGCUGCCCGAGAACGAUGCUGCCGUCACCCGAGCCAUCCAAGCCUUCGAUCGCACGUCUGCGCUCGACUCGCACAAGGCUGGCGUCAUAUUCGUGGGCGAGAUGCAGACUACCGAAGACGAAAUCCUCCUCAACAUCUCUGGGACUCCUGACUACCGUGAAUUCCUCGAAGACAUUGGCACCCUCCGCAAGCUCCAAGGAGCAUCCUUCAACACACAGGGGCUCGACCGUGCCGAGGACGCGGACGGCGAGUACACCAUGGUGUGGAACAACGAGGUAACGGAGUUGGUCUACCACAUCACGACCUUCAUGCCCAACGACGCCGACACCCGUCUCGCGGUAAUCAACAAGAAGCGUCACAUUGGCAACGACUUUGUGAACAUAGUCUUCAACAACUCCGGCGCCGCCUUCGCCUUCGACACGUUCCCCUCGGCGUUCAACUACGUCUACAUCACCAUCUCUCCCGCCGAGCGCACCAGUUUCCUGCAAGCUCGGGAGGCCACGGCCGCGAAGAAGGAUCGUUUUUAUAACGUUCACGUCCUGACGCGGCCGGGCUUCCCGAGCUUGUCCUCGGCGGGAGAGGUGAAGGUGGUGUCGGGUGACUCCCUCGGGGGCUAUGUCCGUAAUCUGGCGCUGAACGCGUGCAUGUUCAGCGCCAUGUGGCAUGGCGACGCCCCGGGGGAGUACCCCUCGUCGUGGAGGCAGCGGUUGGAGAUGAUUCGGCGGCUGUACAGCAAGUAUAAGCUGUAG